AAUUUAGUAAGCUUUGAUAUAACGACAACUGUCUAGUCGUUUCCCCAAACAUAACAGACCGUGAUUGGCGAUACGCAUAUGUACACAACAAACUAAAAUCUUAAAAAAGGAUCAAAACUCAUAGCCGGUUUUACAAAGGAACACAACAUGAGCUUUAUCAACGCAAUCCUGCUUGUUUUUGCGUUUUAUUUGUUGGUUCGACCCUUGGAAGGAGUAGAGGCAUAUGUCAAGAACAUUCUAAAAAAUGAAAUAAGAGCACCGCUGGACAGACAGGAUGCGGGCUCUGGUCAAGUGGCGCAUAACUUGAAAAUUGGAGCUUUCAACGUCCAAGUGUUCGGAGUGAGAAAGAUGGAAGUCCCAGGUGUUGCCGAGAUACUUGUCAAGAUUCUGUUGCGUUAUGAUAUCGUGCUGAUCCAGGAAAUCAGAGAUUCGUCUCAGACUGCCAUGCCCACUCUGUUACAGAGACUGAAUAAGGAGGGAGGCAGAGCAUCUGCGCACACAUAUGACAUGACCAUCAGCGCAAGACUGGGGCGAACCACUAGCAAAGAGCAGUACGCGUUUGUUUACAGGUCUGAAUUGUUUUCGGUGGUGCGUACAUAUGUUUACAGUGAUCCUAAGGACUUAUUUGAACGAGAGCCAUACAUCGUUCAUUUCCGCUCUUUCGUGACAGCCAUCAAAGAUUUGGUAUUCGCGGGAAUUCAUACCAAGCCGUCACAAGCCGCGGCUGAAAUCGAUCAUCUUGUUGACGUCUACGAUGAUAUCAGAGACCGCUGGGGAAUGGAUGACGUCAUCAUUAUGGGAGACUUCAAUGGCGCAUGUGACUACGUGAAAGACAGUGAGCGGCGGGUUAACAGGUUGUUUACUGACCAUAGAUUCAGCUGGCUCAUCACCGACUGCGUUGACACGACAACGGGCGGGGGCGCAUGCGCUUACGACAGGUUUGUUGCCGCUGGCGCAUCUAUGAUGUCAGCGGUUGUACCAGGAAGCGCUGGUCGAUUUGCGUUUGACAAAGUAUAUGGACUAUCAGAGGCGAUGACCGGCGACGUCAGUGAUCACUACCCAAUAGAAUUGGAAAUAUACUCAAAAGCUUAUGUGGAUGCUGUGGCUAAGGUUAAUGAGAAGACGGAGAGCAAAUUCUUUGCCAUCACCCCACUCGGCUUUGAUCCUACAAACAUCUACUCGCUGCGCCAUAGUGACAACCCACUCGUCAAGAACGGGUUCCAACGGAGCACCCUCUACAUCAAAAGAGCUAUCGCCAUUGUUACCAACGUAAAGACGGUCAGCUCUUCCCAUGAUGCAGUGCAAGCAUUUGAGCUUGUCUACAAAAGCUGGCCGUCCCUUGUUCGCAGGAGCCAGGUUGAGCUUGCAAAGCUGAAGGCCGCCGAAAAAAUGGGAGCGAAUGAUAGAGCUACGGUCAAGCUAGUGUGCAGGAAAGUGCCUGCCCCAGCGGAAUGCUGGGUAGCCCUCGAGAUGUGAUCGAGUGACCCACUAUGUAACACAGGAAAGUUUAGAAGUUAAAAGUGGCCAACCACAGAAUAAUAGACAAGGUUACUGCAUUUUAUAAAACAAAUCAAGAGCUAGAAUUUUCCCAUAGCCACCUCCAUGCCCACUCCAUGCAAGAUGAUACAGUGCAACACCCUUAAGAUAAAGGGCCCUGCUCCUACCACCCCUUUUGGAAUAAAAAGGAAGCCCUGAAAAUUUGACCAGUUUCGCGAUAUAUUGAACAAUAAUGUUUUCAUAAUUUUGUAAUAAACUCCGCCUCUUAGGCGUUUAGAGGGCAUAGGCUAGCAGAUCAAAUGCACGGCAGAUCUGGAACCAUAAUAUAAUAAAACUUAGAAAAACCAAAAUGUGUUGGCCUGUAAUUGUCUGUAAUAAAAUAAACCAGUUUGUAAUAAACUUGACCCAUUUUGUGAUAAAAUAGACCCAUUUUUGUAAUAAACUUGACCCAUUUUGUAAUAACCUUGGCCCAUUUUGUAAUAACCUUGACCUGUUUUGUAAUAAAGUCGACCCAUUUUGUAAUCAA